AUGAGUUCCAAUCGGAGCACCAUCUCCCGCAUCCCGGAGCUCUCCAACUCCGAGUCUCAUUCCACGGCGCCUUCGGUUUCUAAACCUCAAAAAUCGUGUAAAUUGUCAAUGUGAGUGAUGGUCUCGUUCACUGGUCACUGCCUUUUUACAGCAUCCUCUGCAUCGCCUCGACAGUGGCCUUCCUCCUCCUCCUCGCUGCCGUUAUUCUCUUCUUCUCUUUCUCUUCUGCUUCACCGUCUCAAGCUUUAUCAGGCAAUUCGACCACUACAACCACCACUACAACCUUUGCUCCUCCCCGUCAUGGCCAAAACGAAACAGAACAAGAGCUGGUUUUUGUUCAGAUUGUGAGAAGGUCAAACUAUCGACUAAGUAUUUCAACAGACACAUUCAGAUGUUCCGUCAUGGAGCGAGAGCCCCGGGGCAUUUGAAGGCUGAACAUGAGAAGCACUUUCCACGAGGAGCCAGUCAAUUGACAGAUGUGAGAUAGGACUGGAUGAACUUCAGAAGAGACAAACUUUAGCGAGGAUUCAAAAACUCAUUUCUAAUGGGUAGAUACCUGAAAAAGCGGUACGUGGACGCUGGUUUCUUGAAUGCGAGAAUGAAUCCAAAGGAGAUGUACUGGAGGUCCCGCCAAUUGGACCGAUGCCUGAGCACCGCGGCGACCGUCGGAGCCGGAAUGUUCGAGACGGGCAAGAAUAAGCAUGUUCAGGUGUCGAUUAUGUCAAGAGAGAAAAAGGAUAGAGUGAGCAUGAAAUGGAAAAGGCAGUAUUUUAUUUUGUCCAAUUCAGCUGUUGGCUUCAUUCGGUAGUAGAUGUCGUGAGGCGCAUCAGAGAAUUUUGGAGGAAAAAUGUUCUGAAACAGAUACGAACGGUUCGAAUGAUGUGGUAAAACAUUCGAUCAUUCUCAUUUUAAAUGAUUCUUCAGUAUGAUGAUAACUACACUUACUACACCUGUCUCGGUCGAAACCAUUCUCUGUUCAAUCAAAUCCCAUUAGAAGACUCCGAUACCUUCAUAAACUUGGUUUGUUCUCUCGUUCUUUCGUUCUUUCAUCUUCCCAAUUACCAUUUUCCAAACUUUCAGCACCGAAACGACGUCCCCCUUCCGCCACUUAUCGAGGAAAACAUAAAGACGAUUCAUUCCGAGUACCUCAUUGUGAGAAACUUCCAAAACGGUGUCGGCGAAAGCGCUGACCCUCGCCUCGUCAAAAUCAGAUUCGGGCCGUUGGCCGACGCGUUGCUGGGCAAUCUAGAGUGAGUGAGACGGUGACUUCCCGCUGACCACUCGACCUGUUUCUAGAAUUGCGUGGGACGAACACAUCAACGGGAAGCAGACGGUCAAGUUCAAAGCGUACUCAACGGUAAUUAUCUUCAUUUGAAAAGCGAAAAACCGGAAGAGUCUCCGAUUUUCAGCAAGAUUGGAUCGUUGGCGGUACCCUCGAGGCGUUCGGACUCCUUCAUCACCUUCAGAAAGUGGUCGGACCGGAAGAGGAACCAGGGUUCAAUUCGAUGAUUGUCAUGGAAUUGUGGAAAAAGAAAGACAAACCGUUCGUGAAACUGCUGUACAAGCAGGAGGAAGUUAUAUUGGAGGGACACGAGAUGAUGGACUUGACAGGGAUCGUUCCGAACUGUGGGAAGUCGGAGUGUCCUUUGGAGGUAUGAAGCUGUUUGCAAACUUUGACGGAAAAAUGAAAGUUUCAGAAGUUCACGAGGUGUUGUGAUAAGUACAGAAUCAGAGAGAAAGACAGAAGUAGAGUGUGCUCCGAACAAUAACUUGCUUUCAUCCUUUUCCCGUUUUCCCUCCCGAUUUCCGCUCAAAUGAUCUCGCCGCUCCACUGAUAACCACAAUAAACUGUAGCCAAUUACUCUUUUCCCGCUGAUAAAAUGCUACCGACGGGCAAAGUACCUGCACUUUGACAUGCCUUCCCUUGCCGAGCGUCUCAAACAAUUGUCCAUAUUCGCGCUCAUCUCGUUCGCUGCCAAUUUUAAUUACGGAUUCUCUACCACUUAUAUCAAUACAUCUGUAGACGAGUUCAAGGUUCGUUUCGACUGAAGUCACAUGGAAUUACCGGACGCUACACACUACGUUUAGUGCUCGAUUUGCAGACGUUUCUCAACCAAUCGCUCACGCGGCGCCAUGUUUCCAUGUCGGAAGAGAAGUACGAUUUCAUCUGGAAUGUAUUCCUAAACUGUUGGUUCGUCGGAUUUUUCGUUGGCAUUUGGCUCAGCCCGAUUUUGAAUGAUAAAUUCGGACGGAAAGGUUGUUCCGAGUUGUUCUCGUUCUCUAUUCACAUUCUGAUUCCAGUCGGAUUCGUGUUAGGCAACGUGACGGCGUUCCUCGCUUCCGUCCUCCAAUGCCUCUCGAUUUUCUCGUUUUGCCCCGAGCUGCUCAUCGUCUCCCGUUUCGUCACUUCCAUUUGCAUGGCCGUCACUUAUCAGUCGUGCAUUCUCUUCCUCCAGGAAUGCUCUCCCACCCAUCUUCGCGGCAACUUCUCGUUCCUCAGCGAGAUCUCCUAUUCAUUCAUGACUAUGGUCGGAAGUUUUCUCGGCCAGGACUACAUUCUAGGAGGACACGUCUUCUGGCUCUGCUUCUUCGUCGUCCCGUUCUGUCUCUUCUUCACUCUGGCUCUCUUCAUCCUUCCCGAGACGCCAAAGUUUCUACUGAUUUCCAGAAAUGCAGAGGAAGAGGCGAUGAAGGCGGUGAAGUUUUAUCACGGAAAACAGAUCGACGGGAAGCGAGUGUUGGAGGACAUUCGCAAGGAAUCGCAGUGUGAAUCCGAAGAGAGUUCGUCGACGUGGCGGAAAACGAAAGAGUUGUUCACAGAAGGACACCUCCGGAUGGCGUUGAUUCUGAGUGUGUCCGCCCUUCAGAACACCAUCGGUCUCUGGGCACUCCUUCUUUCUUCCACGUUCUUCCUGGAGAAUGCAAACGUGGAAUCGGAAGUUGCUCAAUGGAGCACGACUGCGAUGAGCUUGGCGUACGUCUCAGGGACCGUCACGGGCGGAAUCAUAAUUGAGAAGUGAGUGAGGUCCCCGAUCGCAUCGGAUCUUUCGUUUCAGAGUGGGCCGCCGUACUCUCCUCCUUUCUUUCACUUUCCUGAAUAACAUUUCUCUUCUCGCCUUCGUUUUCUUCGCCAAAAUCCGUUUGCUCAUUGAUCCGAUGAAGUACGGAUGUCUCGCGUCUCUGAUCAUUUACGGAUACACCUAUGGGUCAGUGCCCCCUUUUCCCUUUUUCGAUAAUAUUUAUUUGCAGAACGGGAGUCGGCCCGAUCUCCUGGUUUAUUUCCUCCGAACUCGUUCCGCAGAAACAUCGGAGCAUUGCCCAGUCCGUCGGAUAUGCGAUCAAUACUUUGAUGGUCGUCGUGAGCACAUUCACCGUCCUUCCCCUGUAUUCCGUCAUCGGAAGCUAUGCGUUCGUCAUUCUCUAUUCAAUUCCCUCAUUCAUAAGUAUGCUCAUUCUCUUCUGUUAUUUGCCCGAAACAAAAGGACGGGAGAUUCAUGAGAUUGUGAAUGAAUUGAGAUCAAAAUAA